AUGGUUGCGUUAAGAUCAACCCGGAUUGGAUUUUGCAAAAUUGCUCGUGACUCGCUAGGGAAUUGGAUUUUUGGCUAUUCGGAUUCAUGCGAUUUCACAACUGUGAUGAAGACUGAACUUCAAGGUAUCUAUAAUAGUUUGAUCCUGGCUUGGAACAACGAUUUCAGGAAAGUGAUUUGCGAGACAGAUUCUCUAGCAUCUAUCAGCCUCCUUACUGAACCUACUUCAACCUGGCGGCAUCCCCAUGGAUGUCAUCUCAUCAAUCUUAUUCAUGGUUUCUUAGCAAGACCUUGGCAAGUCGACCUUAAGCACACCUUGAGAAAAGGAAAUCAAUGUGCUAAGCAUGGAGCCUCUUCAGAUGUUUCUCUUCUCAUUUGGGAUUCGUGCCCUACAGUUAUCUCUAGUGUCCUACUAGUUGAUGCCAUGCAAAUUUCUUUUGCUAGGAGUUAG